GCGGGGGCGGAGGCAGGCGGGGCAGUCGAGGACCCGGCUCUGGCAGGCUCCGAGGGUCCGGCCGGCUGUAAUUCCCCCCUAAUCCCCGGCACGGCGGCGCUUCCCCGGCCGAGCCAUGUCUGCGGCGUCCCCGCCAUGCAGAGCCUAGCGGGGAGCGCGAGGGCGGGCGGCCGGGAGCCGCACAAAAUGAAGACGCUGAUGCGCCAGGGGCUGGCCGUGUGCUUGGCGCUCACCACCAUGUGCACCAGCUUGCUGCUCAUGUACGGCGGCAUCGGCGGCGGGGGCCACCCGGAGCCGCGGCGGCGGCAGCAGCAGGUGGCGGCGGCGGAGCCCAGCCGGCCGCCGGGACGCGGCCAGCACCGCCCGGCGCCCCCCGGCGGGCCCGGCCUCCUGGAGGGCUACAUCAGCGUCCUGGAGCACAAGCCUUUAAAAAUGCACUGCAAGAGUUGUGCAUUGGUAACCAGUUCUGGACACCUUCUGGGAAGUAAACAAGGUGACAAAAUCGACCAGACAGAGUGUGUAAUACGAAUGAACGAUGCACCUACUCGAGGUUACGGAAAAGAUGUGGGAAACAAAACAAGCCUUCGAGUCAUUGCACACUCUAGCAUUCAGAGGAUUUUACGAAAUCGCAACGAACUCUUAAAUAUGAGCCAUGGAGCUGUAUUUAUCUUCUGGGGUCCUAGCAGCUACAUGAGGAGAGAUGGAAAAGGCUUGGUGUAUAACAACCUGCAGCUGAUGAAUCAGAUACUGCCUCAAUUAAAAGCAUAUAUGAUUUCUCGCCACAAGAUGCUUCAAUUUGAUGACCUUUUUAAACGGGAAACCGGGAAAGACAGGAAGAUAUCCAACACUUGGCUUAGCACGGGCUGGUUCACAAUGACUAUCGCAUUAGAGCUGUGUGACAGGAUAAAUGUUUAUGGCAUGGUGCCACCGGAUUUCUGCAGGGAUCCUAAUCAUCUUUCAGUACCUUAUCAUUAUUAUGAACCUUUGGGACCUGAUGAAUGCACAAUGUACAUUUCCCAUGAGCGGGGCCGAAAGGGCAGCCAUCAUCGUUUCAUCACAGAGAAACGAGUGUUUGAGAACUGGGCACGGACAUUCAAUAUUCACUUUUUCCAACCAGACUGGAAACCAGAACCACUUACUGUAAAUCACCCUGAGAUUAAAAUGGUGGGCUGAAGGAUGAACACAGAAGACUGCAAUCACAGUCACCUACUGUAUCAGCUUUCAGGGU